AUGUUUAGACAAAUUAUUGAACUUGCAGUGCUUAUCCUUCUGUUGGCAGCUGUUGCACAGUGCAGAUACACUGGUUUACCAAAAGAAGAUGUCGACCGCUUUAAUUACCGAGUUGCCUCGGCGCCAUUCAGUGGAUACUUCAGAGAAUUUCGUGAUGAGAUCCCAUAUGUUGCCAAACGUGUACCGAAUCCUGGCGAUAUGAUGGUACGUUUUGGUUAA